UAGUAAAGAAUGUGCAUGUUUAAUAACAGAAAGUGAAGUUUAAAGUAUCGAUCUAAACAUAUUUUAAAAUAGUUAAUACCAACAUGAAAAUUAUAGUGACAGUACUAGUACCACUUAUUGUUUCGUCGUACGCAAAUGCAGCAAAAUACUCCAGUGAUGUUUUUUUUUUGUUUGACAUACAUGUCAAUAUUUCAAAUAAAGUAGAAUCCGAGCCAAAGAAAAAUUGUAAAACAAAUCAAAAUUCGACUGUCUUCUCAUAUAUAAAUAAGGAAAACUGGCGCAUUACAGCAACGCAUAUACGGGCAUGGAAGUCGAUCCAUGCCCAAGUACCUCUGCAGAACAACUUUCACCAAAAGCAAUAUUACCAAAAAUAGAUGAGGACAAUGUCUUAGACUUCCCACAUCCCAAGGAGAAAAUCAUGGAGAUUUUAGAUAAUCUUGAAGGGCAUGUGGAAAAGCUGAGGAAAGAUGCCUCAAAAUUGGAAGAGGAAAAGGAUAAUAUUUUAUCAUCUUUAGAUACAGUGAAACUGCAUCCAAGUUUAAAUGACUUGAUAGGCUUGGAGAAAGAUGAAGCUUUAAGAUACUUGGAUCGAAUAGCUACUAGAUGCAUGACAGUAGAUGUUAAAGUUUUCACACAGAGGGAUAAAUCACAGGAGGAAGCAUUGCAUCAAGUGAAUCAUCUCAUUGAUAAUUUAGUGGUAUGUCUGAAAACUGAUCCGGAUGGUGCAAAGAAUCGUUGUUUGACAUACAUGAAUUCAUGUUCAUCUCAAUUGAAUGGUCUGACAGAUAAACAUUUUGAAUCUGUACUGCUUGGAUGCACAAUCGAUGAUCAGAAGAAAGUUAAGAAGAGGUUGCAUGGUCUGCUCAGAUACUUUGACAAAAUGGGGUUUGCCAUCGAGGUCGAUUAAGGUUUGACUAAAACGUUGUUUAAUAUUUAUUAAUAUGCUAAUACCUUACUGAAAGAAUGAAGUUUUUAUAUUUGUUUAAGAGUUUUAUUAAAAAGA